CCCUUUGCCCUCUUUUUAAUAAGUUCAGCUGAAACAAAUAAACCCUAGCUUGGUCACCUUACUCUAAACCCUUCCUCUUCUUUGUGUUUGCCGAAACUGAAGCUUCCAGGUAGAAAACAGAGGUGAAAAUGUAUCUUCAGUUUUACAUCAACGAGAACGGUGACAAGGUGUACACCACCAAGAAGGAGUCACCGCUUAAGCUUCCCACUCAAUCAGCUCAUCCAGCUCGUUUCUCUCCUGAUGACAAAUUCUCGAGGCAAAGAUUUCUACUAAAGAAGCGAUUUGGAUUGUUGCCAACCCAGCAGCCACCUCAAAAGUAUUGAAGUUGUUGCAUGCUUAUUCUGUAAUGUAAUGAAGAGUAUUCAAUAUGGAGAUUUUCUUCGCACAGACCAAAUAGUGUUUUCGAUUUGAAUCUUUAUAUUGGUUAUGAAUGUAGUUUUUAGCUGAUGGACAACACAAAUUGUGGAUGGCUAUUAGACUUUUUGCAUGGAUUUGUAUUAGUUGCAAAAAGUUUUGUUAAUUGUGAUGCUUUCCGACUCUAA